UCCUAUUGAAAUUGGAGCAAAUAGUAAUGAAGGAAGGGGUAUUUUGCCGCUGCCGAAGGGGAAAGAAAAUGGGGAUUCUGGUAAUAGUUCUCAGGGGCAUAAGAGUUCUUGUAAUUUGAGGAAUUCUGCGAUGAAAUUGAAGGUAGAUGUUCCCCAAUUUGAUGGUAGUAAUCCGAGAGGAUGGGUAAGAAAAUGCCAGAAAUAUUUCCAAGUUUAUGAUGUGACUGAGGAACAAAAAGUGGAAGUAGCUUCUUUAUUUUUGGGGGAAAAAGCUGACAUUUGGUUCCAAGGUUAGCAAGUCAGUAGACCAACUGCAUCUUGGAGUGAAUUUGCAGAAGAGUUAUGCAAGAGAUUUGGGAAGUUGACUGUAACUGAUGUAGUUGAGGAGUUUAACAAGUUAAAUCAAGAAGGUUCAGUAUUGGAUUAUCAGGAGAAGUUUGAGGAGCUUAAGGCUUUAAUGUUGAAGUAUAAUCCAGGUCUAUCCGAACCUUAUUUUAUCUCUAGUUUCAUCAGCGGGUUGAGUGAGGAAUUGAGACCUGUAAUUAAAAUGUUUAGACCUGAAUCAUUGUUGCAAGCCUUUGAACAAGCAAAAUUGCAAGAGCAAUCCAUUGAGGCUAUUUUGAGAAAACAAAAGCCAUAUAUUAGGCCAUACUUCAAUUCCUACAACACAAGAAAUGCUCAGUUUAGAAAUGCCAAUCCCACAUCUAAACCUAAUUUCUCUACUGCAAACCCAAGUUCUUCUUUCUCUAAACCAAUCUCUGUUGCUGAAUUGGAGAAACCAUCCUCAAAGUUUAUUAACUCUGACUUGAAAAAGGGUAAUAAUAGUUGUUUUAAAUGUGGAGACAAGUAUUACCCUGGUCAUCAAUGUAAGACUCAACAAAUAUUAGCAUUGCAGGCUGAUGAAGAGGGAUUGGAAGAAGUGGGAAAUAUGGGGGGAGAGGAGGACUAUGAAGGUGAGGGAGAGGAGGUUGAGAUCUCCAUGCAUGCCUUAGAUGGCAGUAUUUCUCCAAAUACAUUGAAGAUUAGAGGGAAGAUAGACAAGCAGUCAAUUGUCAUAUUAAUUGACAGUGGAAGCAUAUAUAGUUUCCUGGAUUAUAAAAUUGCUAAAGAGUUGGGAUGUAGGAUGGUAAAAGCCCCUCCACUUUCUGUGACAGUAGCAAAUGGUCACAAGAUGGUUAGUAGAUUCAAGUGUGUUGGGUUUUAGUGGAAUAUGUAGGGUCAUUCCUUCUUUUUCAACAUAAGAUUGUUGGAUUUGGGUGGUUACUUGGAGUGGAUUGGAUGAGGUCUUAUAGUCCAAUCACUUUCGAUUUUCAAAACCUAAAAGUUUCAUUUCAAAAGGAAGGGAAGCAAAUUGACCUUAUUAGGGUGACUGAGGAAGGUUCAUUAAAACUGAUGACAGGGAGGCAAUUACAGAAAUUGUUCAGGAAGGGACUUUCUGCAAAAAGGCAUAAUGAAGUUGCUGGGAUUGGAUUAUUCAAUCAAUUACGGGUCUGGGCAUGAAAACAAGGCUGUUGAUGCCUUAUCUAGAUAUGCCUUGACUGAUCAGCAAGGAGAACUGCAAGCCAUU